AUGGGAAAGAUGGCGGCAGUGGGCAACGCGGAGCCGUGCGGGGCCCGGCCUGGCGGCUCCCAAUCCGGCAGGCAGUCCCCGUCUAAGCCGCCGCCGCGUGCGUUCCUGGCCGCCGGGCCGGCGCUCAUCGCCAGCGGGGACGAGCUGGUGGCCGCUGUGUGGCCGUACCGGCGGUUGACGCUGCUGCGGCGCCUCACCGUGCUGCCGUUCGCGGGGCUGCUCUACCCAGCAUGGCUGAGCGCCGCAGCCUCCGGCUGCUGGGGUUGGGGCAGCAGCUGGACUCAGGUCCCUGAGGCCGCGCUGCUUGUGCUCGCCACAAUCUGCCUCACGCACGCGCUCACCGUCCUGUCGGGGCAUUGGUCCGUGCACGCGCAUUGCGCGCUCACUUGCACCCCGGAGUAUGACUCUAGCAAAGCAACCUUGGUGAAGGUGGUGCCCACACCCAACAAUGGUUCCACUGAGCUGGUGGCCCUCCACCGCGACAAGGGCGAGGACGGCCUUGAGGUACUGUCCUUUGAGUUCCAGAAGAUCAAAUACUCCUAUGAUGCCCUAGAGAAAAAGCAGUUCCUCCCUGUGGCCUUUCCUGUGGGGAACCCCUUCUCCUACUAUCAGAGCAACAGAGGGUUCCAGGAAGAUGCAGAGAUCCGAGCAGCAGAGAAGAAGUUUGGGAGCAACAAGGCUGAGAUGGUGGUGCCUGACUUCUCUGAGCUCUUCAAGGAGAGAGCCACAGCCCCGUUUUUUGUGUUUCAGGUAUUAUGCGUGGGGCUAUGGUGCCUGGACGAGUACUGGUACUACAGUGUCUUCACUCUGUCUAUGCUGGUGGCUUUUGAGGCCUCCCUGGUACAGCAGCAGAUGCGCAACAUGUCAGAGAUCCGCAAGAUGGGCAACAAGCCACACAUGAUCCAGGUGUACCGCAACCGCAAGUGGAGGCCCGUUGCCAGUGAUGAGAUUGUUCCUGGGGACAUAGUGUCUGUAGGCCGCUCCCCUCAGGAGAACCUAGUGCCAUGUGAUGUGCUGCUGCUGCGGGGCCGCUGCAUUGUAGAUGAGGCCAUGCUCACUGGGGAGUCGGUGCCACAGAUGAAGGAGCCCAUAGAGGACCUGAGCCCUGACCGUGUGCUAGACCUUCAGGCUGAUGCCCGGCUGCAUGUCAUCUUCGGGGGCACCAAGGUGGUGCAGCACAUACCUCCCCAAAAGGCCACUACAGGCCUGAAGCCGGUUGACAAUGGGUGUGUGGCCUACGUCCUUCGGACUGGAUUCAACACAUCCCAGGGCAAGCUUCUGCGCACAAUCCUCUUUGGAGUUAAGAGGGUGACUGCAAACAACCUGGAGACCUUCAUCUUCAUCCUCUUCCUCCUGGUCUUUGCCAUUGCGGCAGCCGCCUAUGUGUGGAUUGAAGGCACCAAGGACCCCAGCCGCAACCGCUACAAGCUCUUUCUGGAAUGUACCCUGAUCCUCACCUCAGUUGUGCCCCCUGAGCUGCCCAUCGAGCUGUCCCUGGCUGUCAAUACCUCACUCAUCGCCCUGGCCAAGCUUUACAUGUAUUGUACGGAACCCUUCCGGAUCCCCUUCGCUGGCAAGGUCGAGGUGUGCUGCUUUGACAAGACAGGGACCCUGACUAGUGAUAGCCUGGUGGUGCGUGGCGUAGCUGGGCUGAGAGAUGGGAAGGAAGUGACCCCUGUGUCCAACAUCCCCAUAGAAACACACCGGGCCCUGGCCUCCUGCCAUUCCCUCGUGCAGCUGGAUGACGGCACCCUUGUGGGUGACCCACUUGAGAAGGCCAUGUUGACAGCUGUGGACUGGACACUAACCAAAGAUGAGAAAGUAUUCCCCCGAAGUAUUAAAACUCAGGGGCUGAAAAUUCACCAGCGCUUUCAUUUUGCCAGUGCCCUAAAGCGAAUGUCCGUGCUCGCCUCCUAUGAGAAGCUUGGCUCCACUGACCUCUGCUACAUCGCAGCCGUGAAGGGGGCCCCUGAAACCCUGCAUUCCAUGUUUUCCCAGUGCCGGCCUGACUACCAUCACAUACACACAGAGAUCUCCCGGGAAGGAGCCCGUGUCCUAGCAUUGGGAUACAAGGAACUGGGACACCUCACACACCAGCAGGCCCGGGAAGUCAAGCGGGAAACUUUGGAAUGCAGCCUCAAGUUUGUGGGUUUCAUCGUGGUCUCCUGCCCACUCAAGGCCGACUCCAAGGCUGUGAUCCGGGAGAUACAGAACGCAUCCCACCGGGUGGUCAUGAUCACUGGGGACAACCCACUCACUGCUUGCCACGUGGCUCAGGAGCUUCACUUCAUCGAAAAGGCCCAUACACUUAUCUUGCAUCCACCUUCCGAGAAAGGCCAGUCAUGCAAGUGGCGCUCCAUCGAUGGCAGCAUUGAACUGCCCCUGGCCUCAGGCUCCCCGAAGGUGCUGGCCCAGGAGCAUGCAUUGUGCCUCACAGGAGAUGGCCUAGCCCACCUGCAGUCCAUGGAUCCCCAACAGCUGCUCCACCUCAUCCCCUAUGUGCACGUGUUUGCCCGUGUGGCCCCCAAACAGAAGGAGUUUGUCAUUACCAGUCUGAAGGAGCUGGGCUAUGUGACCCUCAUGUGUGGGGAUGGCACCAAUGAUGUGGGUGCCCUGAAGCAUGCCGAUGUGGGUGUAGCACUCCUGGCCAAUGCUCCAGAACGGAUCGUAGAGCGACGGCGGCGUCCAAGGGACAGCCCAGUCCUGAGCAACAGUGGCCCCAGGGUCACCUCCAGGUCAUCCAAGCAGAGGUCUGUGCUUCCACCCCCUGAGGAGCUGCCAGCUUCCCAGAGGGAUCGCCUAAGCCAGGUGCUUCGAGACCUGGAGGAUGAGAGUACCCCUAUUGUGAAGCUGGGAGACGCCAGCAUUGCGGCACCCUUCACCUCCAAGCUCUCCUCCAUCCAGUGCAUCUGUCAUGUGAUCAAGCAAGGGCGCUGCACACUGGUGACCACUCUGCAGAUGUUCAAAAUCCUGGCACUCAACGCCCUCAUCCUGGCAUACAGUCAGAGUGUCCUGUACCUGGAGGGUGUCAAAUUCAGUGACUUUCAGGCCACUCUGCAGGGACUGCUGCUGGCCGGCUGCUUCCUCUUCAUUUCCCGCUCCAAGCCCCUCAAGACACUGUCCCGAGAACGGCCCUUGCCCAACAUCUUCAACCUGUACACCAUCCUCACAGUGAUGCUACAGUUCUCCGUACACUUCGUGAGCCUUGUCUACUUGUACCGUGAGGCCCAGGCCCGCAGCCCUGACAAGCAGGAACAGUUUGUAGACCUGUACAAGGAGUUUGAGCCAAGCCUGGUCAAUAGUACUGUAUAUAUCAUGGCCAUGGCCAUGCAAAUGGCCACCUUCGCCAUCAACUAUAAGGGCCCACCCUUCAUGGAGAGCCUGCCUGAGAACAAGCCCCUGGUAUGGAGUCUGGCCAUAUCACUCCUGGCAAUCAUUGGCCUGCUACUUGGCUCCUCACCUGACUUCAACAGCCAGUUUGGCCUUGUGGACAUCCCUGUGGAGUUCAAGCUGGUCAUCGCCCAGGUCCUGGUCCUGGACUUCUGUUUGGCACUCCUGGCUGACCGCAUCCUACAGUUCUUUCUGGGAACCCCGAAGCUGAAAGUGCCUUCCUGAAAUGGCAGUGCUGGUACCCACUGUCUAUCCUGGCUGCCGCCAAGCAGGAACCCUGCCAGGACCCGGAGAGGGAAUACUGUCCCCCAUACCCCCAUAGGGAGGCAGCCUGGCCUUGUUCUUGGAAGACUGAGCUGGGACCCCUGGGGGCGUCUGCUGGCCCUGGACCAGCACCUUUGGUAAAUAAAGCAGCAGCAGCGAUUUUAAGAA